AGAACCCAGCUGUGACAGUGGGCUCAGGCCAGGCAGACAGGAAGGAUCAGGACCCAGGCUCUGAGGAUGGCAGGUGGAGGCCAUGACCUGAGCACCAGGAUGUCCACAGAAGACCAGAACAUAGUGGACAGGCUUAUCUGGAAUCGUAUAUUUGAUCACUUCCAACAACAUAAGGUGGACAUUUCAUAUGCAAUAAAAAAGACAUUUCCAUUCUUUGAGCGCCUUCAUGACCGUAAAUUAAUCACAGAUAAACUGUUUAAAGAUUCUCAAGACUCUUGUGGAAACCUGGUCCCUGUACAAAAAGUGGUGUACAACGUUCUCAGUGAGCUGGAGAAGACAUUUAACCUAGAAGUCUUGAGUGAAUUGUUCAGCGACUUCCACCUGCAAGAAUACCCUGAUUUAAUUCCCAUUUAUGAAAGCUUCAAAAAUGUGGUCCUAGAAAACUCAUAUGGGCAAGAAAUUGCUGAAGAAAAGAGAGUGGAGGGGCCCACUGGCCAACUAAGUCUUGAACAAGGAACUGGUGAAAGCUCUAUUCCAAGCCUGCCUCAGCCACCCUCAGAUUCCUCCGUUUCCACUGAUAUAAAGAAAGAGGAGCCAUUAUUUAUGCCAGAAGAUGAGCACCAAGCUCAAGCAAGAACUAACUAUAACCAGGCAUCUGAGAUAAUAGUCAUCCAUGAUGAGGACUCUGAAGAAUUCAAUGUUGGAGAUGAGGCCCUGGGAAGCUUCACCUCAACCCUGAAAAGGGAGCCCGCAAUCAAUAUCAACAAUCCUUUCAAAUUAAACAAGGGAAAGGAGCCCCCAAAAGCCACUUGCUCACCACCCAAGAUUGUGCCAGGGGGAGCUGGAGCAAGAUUACAGAGUAAAGAGAUCUCCUUAGCACCCACUCAUGGUAAGACCGGGGAGAGAGGAUUCCAGCCACCCCUGGUUGGGGUAUUCUGCCCCGGAACAUCACUCCAUGGGCACAGUGAAACAGCAGGGGACUCCAGGAGCCAACAAGGAGGUCAGGAGCAGCAGAAUACGGGCACAAAAGAGAGAAACACAGCCAACCCUGGAUCUUUGCAAAGAAAAAGACGCAAAAGAAGAGUUGGAAGAUUUCCCAGAGAUAAAAAUAUGAAUUUUCAACUUUCUGAACUUCCUGUGACCUGUGGUGAGCUGAAGGGGACUCUACAUAAGGAGAAAUUGAAACAAGGAAGCUCCGUGAAGUGUAUACAAAGAGAUAAUGGAAGGUGGUUCAGCCCUCAAAGAUUUGCAAUUAAAGGAGGCUACAUGAGAUCUGGGAACUGGAAGCAGAGUAUACGCUGUGGUGGACAUCCCCUGAAAUACCUGAUACAGAAUGGAUAUCUACAGGUACCACCAAGAAAAAGAAAAAUGGUGGCAGAGCCCUGUAAUCCCACCUCAUCCCUGGUGGCUCAUCCUUGUAAUCCUAGCACUCUGGGAGUCUGAGGAGGGAGAAUCCCUUGAGCUCAGGAGUUAGAGAUCAGCCUGAGCAAGAGUAAGAUCUUGUCUCU